AUGCAGAUUCAGGCUGUCCGACGCAAGUACGCGUGCGAUUGUGCAAUGUUUGCCCAAACGGGGUGGCAGUGCUCUCAUGUUCUCGCGGUUAUGGUUCUGCAAAAGGAAAUCAACGUGAGUAGACUUCUCACUGCACUACCAACGCGAAAAGCAAGUGGAGGUCAAAGGAAGGCAAAAAGCUGCCUUGAUAAAGGCAAUGACGAGCACCAGUUCUCCGUCGAUGUAUUGAUCAAGCGGUAUCUAAAGCAGCACAUGUACCCACUCCAUUGGCACGUCAUGCGGGAUUUCGACAUC